UAUCAUUUGCCAGAUCCACCGCCACCAGUUGAAACUCCAAAGAAAUAAACCCAGCCAAUCAAGAGAAGCGUGGGCAACAAGACAAACCUUCAGUUGCAGGGGGCGGCAAAGCCAUCGAGCGCAUCGAGCGAAGUUAUUACGUAAAAGCUAUACUUAGAAGCUCUAACAAACCAACCAGCGUAUCCUCCAAGAGACAAUUACUACUCCGGACAUCGUUUCGUUUCUUUAAUUAAAUUCAUCAUCUCCUCAAUCGACAUUGGAUUUUCCAAUUGAUACCCAAAUGGAGUUUUCUUCCUUCUUUACUUCGCUGAAUCGAUUCAGGGCUUCAGCGAAUUUGUUAUUGUCUCAAUACGAGCCUCUCGCUCUGCUUCUCGCCCCUCUUCUCUCCCUCUUCGCGGCCUGGGCUCUCCAGUCCUCCUUGCAUCUCGUUCGGGACAAAGGGCUCAAAGCAACGAUUCUAGGGUUCUUCAUCGACUCCAUCAAGUUGGUGCCUGGUGUGAGGAAUUACAUCGAUGCAGAGAAACAAAAGGUAGUGGAUAAGUUGCAAUCUUCUAGUUCUAGCAAAUCUAAAAGAGAUGGGUGGAGGACAGAGUUGCCAAGAGUAGGCUUAGGAGUGGGAGCCUUAGAGAAAAUGAACGAAGAGAAAAGAAAUGAUGUAGCUUGGCAAGGCAAAUGUUCUGGUACAGUCUACAUUGCAGGAGGCGAGAGUGAAGGACAUUUUUCUCUGAUAAAUCAAGCGUGUUCAAUGUUUUCACAUACAAAUCCUCUGCAUCUGGAUGUGUUCCAGAGUGUUGUUCGAUUUGAAGCAGAAGUAGUUGCAAUGACAGCUGCGCUACUUGGAGGGAAAGAAAAAGCCUCAGGAGGACAGAUAUGUGGCAAUAUGACAUCUGGAGGGACAGAAAGUAUAUUAUUAGCCGUGAAAUCAUCACGUGACUUUAUGAAAGCUAAGAAGGGAAUAACAAGACCUGAAAUGAUAAUACCUGAAUCUGCACACUCAGCAUAUGACAAAGCUGCACAAUAUUUCAACAUCAAGUUGUGGCGGAUCCCUGUUAACAAAGAGUUUGUAGCAGAUAUCACAGCUAUCAAGCGGCGCAUAAACAAAAACACUAUCUUGAUAGUUGGUUCAGCACCUGGGUUCCCUCAUGGCAUUAUUGAUCCCAUUGUGGAGCUUGGUGAAUUAGCUUUUACAUGUGGAAUCUGUUUCCAUGUUGACCUCUGUCUUGGAGGAUUUGUAUUGCCUUUUGCUCGGGAACUUGGGUACCCUAUUCCACCUUUUGAUUUUUCCGUCACAGGAGUUACUUCAAUAUCAGUAGAUGUGCACAAGUAUGGGUUGGCUCCCAAAGGAACAAGUGUAGUCCUAUAUAGGGAUCACAAAAUUCGAAAGCAUCAAUUUGUUGCUGUUACUGAGUGGUCUGGCGGGCUUUAUGUUUCUCCAACCAUUGCUGGAAGCAGGCCGGGGGCUUUGAUUGCUGGUGCUUGGGCUGCAAUGAUGUCUUUAGGGUUUGAAGGCUACUUGAGUAACACCAGGGAGAUCAUGGAAGUAUCAAAGAGAAUACAGAAAGGAAUAAAGGAAAUUCCUGAAUUAUUUGUUAUUGGAAGGCCAGACAUGACGAUUGUGGCAUUUGGAUCUGACCUUUUAGACAUAUUUGAAGUCAACGACAUUAUGUCUUCUAAAGGCUGGCAUUUGAAUGCACUGCAGAGGCCCAACAGCAUCCAUAUCUGCGUGACCCUUCAACAUGUGCCAGUGGUGGAGGACUUCCUGAAGGACCUAAGAGAUUCUGUACAAACUGUAAAAGAAAGGCCAGGUCCAAUUAGUGGGGGGCUUGCUCCAAUAUAUGGAGCUGCUGGGAAGAUGCCUGAUAGAGUUAUGGUUCAAGAAUUGCUGGUUGAUUUCAUGGACGGUGCAUGCUAGUGCCAUACUCUCACGUCCAUUCUGCUCAUUCAAUUGAGGUUCAAGAUUACUGUAUGAUUAAACAGCAGCUUUGAUGCCUACAUAAAGCUGCAAUUCUGUAAUUUACUUUUGCUUUCAAUUCACAGCGAUGCCAUUUUGGAACUGUUCUCAUUCAGUGAAAAUAUUUGCUCUUUUGGGGGUAAAAAUGUAUAAAAACAAAAAGAAAAAAGUGUUGGUGCUGUUA